GAAAAUAGGUUAGAAAGUAGAGGGGUAGAAAUGUAAAUAGUGGUGCCAAGUAAAAUAGUGCCACAAAGAUCAAAUCUCCUUCUGGUGUCGGUGAUCAAUCUGGAGUGAACCCAUAAACAAACAAACAACAUCGAAGAUCUGUUCCAACUUAGGGUUCCCACUUCAGUUAACUCGAAGCCAUCUCGUUCUCCGAACUUCACUCUAGAUUUGGUUCCUUCUUUCAGAUUGCAAAAUGACAGUCACUGAUACUGCUGCCCCCAAACUGGACAAAUCUGCCAAGAUCUUCGUGGCGGGCCAUCGCGGAUUGGUUGGGUCUGCCGUCGUCCGCCGCUUGCGCACCCUCGGCUACACCAACCUCAUUCUCCGCUCGCACUCCGAGCUAGACCUCACCAACCAGUCUGCCGUCAAAACCUUCUUUUCCAUCGAAAAACCCCAAUACGUGAUCCUUGCUGCCGCCAAAGUCGGCGGGAUCCACGCCAACAACACCUACCCUGCCGACUUUAUCACCAUCAACCUUCAAAUCCAAACCAACGUCAUCGACUCCGCCUAUCGUUACGGUGUCAAGAAGCUCUUGUUUCUCGGCUCUUCUUGCAUCUACCCUAAACACGCCCCCCAACCCAUACCCGAAUCAGCUCUGUUAACCGGCCCGUUGGAGCCCACCAACGAAUGGUACGCGGUCGCCAAAAUCGCUGGCAUUAAGAUGUGCCAAGCGUAUAGGCUUCAAUACAAGUGGGACGCGAUAUCCGCAAUGCCCACCAACUUGUACGGUCCUAACGACAACUUCCACCCCGAGAAUUCACACGUUUUGCCAGCGUUGAUGAGGAGGUUUCACGAGGCCAAAGUUUCCGGUGCGAAGGAAGUAGUGGUGUGGGGUACAGGGUCACCGCUGCGUGAGUUUUUACACGUCGAUGAUCUGGCGGAUGCGGUCGUGUUUCUGUUGGAAAACUAUUCGGAUUUGGGACACGUGAAUGUGGGAAGUGGGAAGGAGGUAUCGAUCAAGGAACUUGCGGAACUGGUGAAAGAGGUUGUCGGGUUUGAGGGAGAACUUGUUUGGGACAGUUCGAAGCCGGAUGGAACUCCGAGGAAGCUUAUGGAUAGCUCAACGCUUGCGAAAUUGGGUUGGGAACCGAAGAUUUCGCUUAGGGAUGGCCUUGUUGGCACUUACAAAUGGUAUGUUACGACGCAAUAAGAUAAGACAAGUGCACGAGGCAUCCAUGUGUUACCGACGCAAUAAGAUAAGCUUCUUUUUGUGUCGAAGAUUACUAUUUACAUCGCUCGUCUUCUGUUGUAUCAUUGUUAUUUACUCCUACUCUUGAGGAUCUAUACUAUAUUGGUGAUAGUGGAAUAAUCAAGCUAUUCUCUUUUUGAUGUUUUUUUUUGGAUUGUGAUUGACUAAGAAUAUUGGUCUUGUUUAUUAAUAUGUGAUGUGCUUUAAAAUCCUACUACCA